AUGCAGGCCAUUCGUCGAACAAAAUUUCCGUUGGGUACUCCUUGCCUGAGUCGAGCAUUGCAUCAACACCGGUUGAUGGGCACAGUAUCUCAAUCCAAAGAAGAGGGAGAUAUUUCAUCUGUCUUUGUCUCGCUCUCUGGAAGAGCACCGCCACCUCUACCACAGCGAUUUGCAGAAGUGAAGAAAGAGCUGGCUACAGGCCACGAAGAAAGAUUGAUAGCUAGCUGGACAGCAUUGUUAAAAGACAUUAAGAAAGAAAGCAGGGUCAUUUCAACUACUGGACCAGCUAUUAUUCCCUCAAUCAACUUUACGGAUCUUGAUUCUGAUCUCACGGAUUUCUAUAAAAAUCUAAGAAAAAGGGGAGUUGCCGUUGUACGAGGUGUGGUGCCAAAAGAGGAAGCACGUGCCUACAAGGAGGAAACGGAACAAUAUGUGAAAGCCAACCCAUCAACAAAAGCCUUUCCAAAUGACAAUCCAUGUGUCUUUGAACUUUACUGGUCGCCAGCACAAAUCAAAGCACGUGCACAUCCCAACCUGCUCAAGGCACAGAGAGUCCUCAUGAACGCAUGGCAUUCCAAAGAUCGCAAUGCGUUAAUUUCAACUUCUACUCCCGUUUCUUAUGCAGAUCGACUCAGAAUACGCCAGCCAGGUGAUUCCGGCUUCGCUCUUGGCCCGCACACCGACGGCGGAAGUGUCGAGCGCUGGGAAAAGAAUGGAUAUGGCAUCAACGACGUUUACAAGCAUAUCUUUAAUGGCAAAUGGAAGAACUACGAUCCAUUCGAAGCAAGCUGUAGACUCCCAGCCGUCACUGAUCUAUACCAAGGAGCGGGAGCCUGCAGCAUGUUCCGUAUGUUUCAAGGAUGGUUAAGCAUGUCGAAAACAGGACCUGGCGAGGGAACACUUCAGGUAAAUCCAAUGCUUAAAUUGACGACAGCUUAUACUCUGCUACGACCCUUCUUCCGUGCUAUUCAACCCUUGCCGUUUAAACCAUCUGGUCGAUCCGCUAAACGGUACCGCGAAACUGAGAAUUGGGCCUUUGAGCCGAACUAUACACCUGAGCUACAAGGUGCGGCUCUUGGAAAUAGCCAGGAAUUUAAUGAUAUCUUGCAUCCUCACUUACAACUUGCGAAGUCUAUGGUGCAUAUUCCCGAUAUCGAGCCAGGAGAUUAUGUGGUAUGGCAUUGUGAUUCUAUCCACGCCGUCGACAAAAUCCAUAAGGGCACAAGUGACUCCAGCGUGAUGUACAUUCCAGCAUGUCCAUUAACAGAGAACAACGCCCGAUAUCUCAGUCGCCAACGCGAUGCUUUUCUUCAAGGCACGCCUGGCCCAGAUUUUCCAGGCGGAAAGGGGGAGAGCGAUCAUGUGGGCAGACCAACACUCGAUACGUUGAAAUCAAUUGCUGAUACGACGGGACUGAAAGCUAUGGGUUUCGCCAGAUUCGAAGAGACUGCUGAGUCAAGUGCGGGGGAGAAAGCUGUUUUUGCGAAAGCGAAUGAGAUUCUGGGGUUGUAA